ACAUUGUUUUCUUAUCCACGUGAAGUAAACUGGUGAAACUGCAUCAUCAGUCGUCUGCGCUCUCCAAAAAGUUCCGAUUAUUUUUAUUUAUGUAUAUAAUAUACUUUUUUCUUAAACGAUAGAAAAUAAUAUAGUGCAGCAUGUCAAAGGCCAAAGGGAAAAAGAAAAAUGAACGGUUUGAGGAUGAGGAGGAUGCAGAGCAAGUGAAGACAGUGCCUAACAAGAAGUCUAGUAAGAAAGGAAAAAAGGGUAAACGUGGCGGAGAUUCAAGUGAAGACGAGUCUUUGGCUGGUAGUAAAGUGACUAGUAUUGACGCUGAUGAUUUGGAAAGUGUUAAGUCGGGAAGUAAAACAGCACCAUCAAAAGGAAAAAAGGGAAAGAAAGGAAAGCGGAAAGACGACUGGAGUGAUAAUGAUGAUGAACCAGAGGACAUCGUACAAAUUGGUGGCAAGAAGAAUGUAUCAAAAUCACAAGAUAGUGAUGAUGAGGAAGUGAAUGUUCCUCAACCAACUUCCAUUACGAAGAAGCAGGGAAAGAAAGGAAAAAAGAACAAAAAGAAGGAUGACUUCAGCGAUGAUGAGGACAGUAGUAAUCAAAAGUCGAAAUUCCUUGAUUUGGAAGAUGAUGAAGAAAUUGACGAUGAAGAACUUCCUCCUGCAGUCGCCAAAUCAUCAGCAAAGAAAUCUGCAAAAAAACAACAAAAAGCCAAUAAAUAUGCUAUUAGUGACGAUGAAGAUGAAAAUAUUGAGGAUGAGGAUGAGGAUGAUUUAGAGGAAAAACAAGAUGAAAACCCAAUUAAAUCAGAUAAAAUUGUAUCGGAACUAAGCGUAGAAAAUAAAGAAAAUAUAUCAGAAGAUUCGGAAAUAACGAAACAAAUUAAUGAAAUGCAAAUUGAAGAUAAUGUGCCUAAAGAAGCGGAACCUUUACUCGAUGAAGGUCAAACACAAGAAGAAGAAAUCAAAGAAACAGCUAAAGAGGAUACAAUUGAAUCCACUUUAAAAGAAAAAAAGCUCACUCACAAGGAAAAGAAGAAGCAAAAGAAGCAGCAGGAAUACGAAAAACAAAUGGAGCUUAUGACAAAGAAAGGUGGCUCAGGACAUUCCGACUUGGAUAGCAAUUUUACUAUGUCUCAAGUGCAACGUACUGCUGGUCAGCAAGCUCAAUUAGAGCAUGCCGUUGAUAUCAAAAUCGAAAAUUUUACUAUAUCGGCAAAAGGCAAUGAUUUAUUUGUAAAUGCUAACUUGUUGAUUGCUCACGGUCGUCGCUACGGUUUGGUAGGUCCCAAUGGUCAUGGAAAAACUACUCUACUGCGUCACAUAGCCACUCGAGCCUUUGCUAUUCCACCUAAUAUUGAUGUAUUGCUUUGUGAGCAGGAGGUUGUGGCCACAGACAAAACUGCGAUUGCAACUAUUUUAGAAGCUGACGAAAAGAGAAAUCAACUUCUGGCAAAGAGCAAAGAGUUAGAGGAUCAAUUUGCUGCUGGCGAUAUGAGUGUGCAGGAGGAACUAAAUGACACGUUUGCAGAGUUGAAAGCUAUUGGCGCAUACUCGGCCGAAGCACGUGCUCGACGUAUAUUGGCUGGUUUGGGUUUUAGUGAGGAAAUGCAAAACCGUCCGACCAAUAAAUUUUCUGGUGGUUGGCGUAUGCGAGUCUCAUUAGCUCGUGCCCUUUAUUUAGAACCAACACUACUUAUGCUUGAUGAACCUACAAAUCAUUUAGAUUUAAAUGCUGUCAUAUGGUUGGACAACUAUUUGCAAGGUUGGAAGAAGACUCUAUUGAUAGUUUCCCAUGACCAGAGUUUCUUGGAUAACGUAUGUAACGAAAUAAUCCAUCUUGAUCAAAAGAAGCUUCAUUAUUACAAAGGUAAUUACUCCAUGUUUAAGAAAAUGUAUGUUCAGAAACGUCGUGAAAUGAUUAAAGAAUAUGAGAAGCAAGAGAAACGUUUGAAGGAGUUGAAAGCUCAUGGUCAAUCGAAAAAGGCGGCUGAGAAAAAACAAAAAGAAGUCCUCACGCGCAAACAAGAAAAAAAUAAGUCUAAGCAACAAAAACAGGACGAUGAUGACGGCCCACAGGAAUUAUUGGCUCGUCCAAAGGAGUAUAUAGUAAAAUUCCGUUUUCCAGAGCCAUCACAGUUACAGCCACCUAUUCUAGGAAUCCACAACGUUACAUUUGAAUAUGAAGGCCAGAAACCUCUGUUUGUCAAUACCGACUUCGGUAUAGACCUCACCAGUCGUGUAGCCAUUGUUGGGCCGAAUGGCGUGGGCAAAUCUACUUUCCUAAAAUUGUUGUUAGGUGAACUUGAGCCACAAAAAGGGGAACAAAGAAAAAAUCAUAGACUACGUGUUGGACGCUUUGAUCAACACUCCGGUGAACAUUUGACAGCUGAGGAAUCCGCGGCGGAGUAUCUGCAGCGUCUGUUUAAUCUGCAACAUGAGAAAGCACGUAAAGCACUUGGCUCCUUCGGACUGGUAAGCCAUGCUCAUACAAUUAAAAUGAAGGAUCUUUCUGGUGGUCAAAAAGCAAGAGUUGCACUUGCAGAGCUUUGUCUAAGUGCGCCCGAUGUUUUGAUUCUUGACGAACCUACUAAUAAUUUGGAUAUUGAGUCUAUUGAUGCAUUGGCAGAGGCCAUCAACGAAUAUGAGGGUGGAGUAAUAAUAGUGUCUCACGACGAAAGAUUGAUACGUGAAACUGGAUGUACACUGUAUGUAAUUGAGGAUCAGACGAUCAAUGAAAUCGAUGGGGAAUUCGACGACUACCGCAAGGAAGUGCUCGACGCACUCGGCGAGGUUGUCAAUAAUCCCAGUGUCGUUGCAAAUGCAGCUGUAUCACAAUAACGACAGUUUCAUUUGAUUUCACAAAUUUGCAAUUGUUUUGUUACCCAUAUGCGAAUAACAUAUUAAAAUUAUUUAAAGAAAUAAACCGUUAAAGUUGAGAUUGACAUGGUGGCAACUUAAAUUCAAAA